UCAUCUUCUUCUUCAUUCUUCUUCUUGCUCAGAAAAUUUCUAAUUGUGUUGUUGAGAUUGCAUUGCAUUGCAGACAGAGAUGUUGUCUUCCUCUACUCUCGUCUAUUCUCUUUCCCUCUUCCUCUCCCUCUCACUCCUCUCCUUCCUCUUCUUCCUCUCUCCCUCCCGCCACCACGUCGACAUCCUCUCCCCCGCCGACGAACUCGACGACCUAUCCCUCUUCCACCGCGCCUCCGUCUCCGCCAACAACAACAACAACCGCCGUCUCAUCUCCCUCUCUCAAACUCCUCCCAAGAUCGCAUUCCUCUUCCUCACAAACUCUGAUCUCACCUUCCUCCCUCUCUGGGAACGCUUCUUCAAAGGACACCAACACCUCUACAACGCUUACAUCCACGCGGAUCCAUCCUCCCCCAUCUCCCCCAUCUCCUCGUCAAUCAACGCCAAACUCAUCCCCGCCAAGAAAACCGCGCGCGCUUCCCCUUCCCUCAUAUCAGCCGAGCGGCGUUUGAUCGCACGCGCCAUCCUCGACGAUCCUAACAACCUCUACUUCGCUCUCGUCUCCCAGCACUGCGUCCCUCUCCACUCCUUCCCCUACAUCCACAACCACCUCUUCUCCUCCGAUCAUCCUCAACGGAGCUUCGUCGAGAUCCUCUCCGACGAGCCUUUCCUCCCGAGACGCUACGCCGCCCGUGGCGUCAACGCGAUGAUGCCGGAGAUUCCCUACCGAGACUUCCGCGUGGGGUCUCAGUUCUUCGUCAUGGCCAAGCGCCACGCGCUGGUGGUGAUCAGGGAGAGGAAGCUGUGGAGGAAGUUUAGGCUUCCCUGCGUCGUCGACGAGGGAUCUUGUUACCCCGAGGAGCAUUAUUUCCCGACGCUGCUGUCCCUCGAGGAUCCUCGAGGGUGUAGCAACUUUACGCUCACGCGUGUUGACUGGACAGGGAGUGUUGGCGGUCAUCCUCACACGUACGGGGCCGACGAGGUGUCGCCCCGGCUGAUUCGCGCGCUGAGGAGAUCUAAUUCGAGUUUGGAUUACUUCUUCGCGAGGAAGUUCUCGCCGGAGUCGUUGCAAGGGCUGAUGGAGAUUGCAGAUGAUGUGAUCUUCAGGGAUUGAAUCAGUGAAAUUAAAUUAGGUUCUUUUAUUAUUAGAAGUUUAUGGCUGGCGCUCCUCGAAGAAGAGUGGCAAAUAAAGGUCAAACUCUGGUGUGUGUGUGUAGUGUGUUUCGACUCAACCUACAUAGAUGAAAAGGGUGCCUCUAUGUCUGUGUUUUCUUUUUACGAUUUGUCCUUUUUUAGGGAAAUUAGAUGGUUGAAUUGGGUGUAGAGGGAAAAUGUAAAUAGCCCUCAAGGGGCAAAGUGAAAGCGAUGAUCAAGUUGGCCUAAUCGGCUCUCUUUUUGUUUUCACUUCCUUUCCCUUCCCUCUGGAAACAGAGAUAGAGUGUGAAUGGCAAAAGGGCCUUCCCCUCUCUUCUGUUUCAAAAAACAAGUGUGAAUGUAACAGUUCUUUGUUACUAGGUGUCUUCCUGCACCAUGUGCAGAAUUAAAAGUUUUAAAAUUUAAAUUUAUUUUAAAAUACAAAUUUUGUUAAUU